UGAGAAGGCCCCUUGCGUUGUUCACACGACUACAGCCUACCCAGAUGAUGGCUUUUGAUGUUCAGCUGCUUUGACAUAUUUUCGCUGUGUAUCUUCGCCCCAUAGGGCAGCCUUGUACUCAAUGGCGAGGGUCCCUUUCGUCGGCAGGCUUUACUUGCGCGAGUAUCUAGCCUUGUUAGGAUCGCUCAUACUUGUGGCAUUGGAAGUCCUGGUUCGGAUCAUCACUCUUGGGCUGCGUGAGCACUUCCACACCGCCCAUGGCCACGACUGACCAUUAUUCCAGCUCAGCCGAUCAUUCGCUUCUGCUACAACACCUCCAAAAAGCUAUUUAACCGAUUAUCCUCUCCCAAGUCCAAACAGGCUCGGUCGGACCGCAAAUCAAGACAUCAUUACAUUGCUACCUGCUCAGACUUUACCGAGCUCUGUGCAUUCUUCGGAUAUUAUGCCGAAGAACAUGUCGUACAAACAGGAGACGGAUAUCUACUGGGCGUGCAUCGGUUGCCGUUCCGCAAGGGCGAAGAGCAAAGUGGGCAGGCAGUAAACGCUGGACCUGAUUCUCUACGGAAGCCCGUGGUAUAUCUGCACCAUGGACUUCUCAUGAACAGCGAAGUUUGGGUCUGUAUAACAGAAGAAGAACGCUGUCUUCCAUUCACAUUGGCAAGCCAUGGAUACGAUGUCUGGUUGGGUAAUAACCGAGGCAAUAAAUACAGCAAGAAAUCAACUCGAUGCUCUCCGACAUCGACAAAAUUCUGGGAUUUCUCUAUCGAAGAAUUUGCGUUCCACGACAUCCCAAAUACCAUCGACUACAUCCUCAACACGACAUCCCAGUCUACGCUUUCUUAUAUUGGAUUCAGCCAAGGCACUGCGCAAGCCUUCGCCACGCUUUCCAUACACCCAGGCCUGAAUGACAAAGUCAACGUCUUCAUUGCGCUGGCACCUGCAAUGUCACCAGCUGGUCUUAGUAACGGCAUUGUAGAUGCUUUGGUCAAGACGAGUCCAGACGUCCUAUUCUUGGCGUUCGGCCGCAAAUCAAUCCUAUCAUCUGCCACAAUGUGGCAAUCUAUCCUCUACCCUCCCAUCUUUGUCCGACUGAUUGACAUGUCCUUGUCAUUCCUCUUCGCGUGGUACGGGCGAAAUAUCAGUGUCCAGCAAAAGCUCGCGGCCUAUCCUCACUUAUACAGCUUCACCAGCACCAAAUCCGUCGUUCACUGGUUCCAAAUCAUUAGGAACAAGUCCUUCCAGAUGUACGACGACGAUGCCUCCAACAAAUUCAGCAUCGGCGCCAGCAACCGCUACUACAAGGUCGCCAAAUUUCCGACUCGAAACAUCAAAACUCCCAUCGUCCUGGUCUACGGAGGCAGUGACUCCCUAGUAGACAUUCGAGUCAUGCUGAAGGAAUUACCACGACACACCAUCGCCACCGAAAUUCCCCAUUUCGAACAUCUGGAUUUCCUUUGGGCACAAGAUGUGCACAAGCUCGUAUUUCCACAUGUUCUCGAGUCGUUGCGAUACUACGCCCUGGGUCACAGUUCGAACGGUAUACCCAAGGGUCUAGCUCUUUCGAUUGCCGACACAGCUCAUUUGCAUAGGCGCGCAAACAGCGGCAGCAACUGGUCUGAAGAUGAGGGCUCAUCCUCUGACUUUGACGGGACAAACGACACGCCGCGCACGCCUAGAGGGAAGUCGUACGCCCAGCAGCUUCGGGAACAGCCCUAUCGACAGCAGGAUCACCUAGACUCGGCUCAAAGGCCUUUACGCGCCGAUCCGCGUGAAGCAAUGAAUGCUGAUGAUGCAGCCGGCCUCCGGACGCGCGAACUGAUGCAUUGGUACGAGCAGAACUACGCUUUUCCCAACAAAGACGAAGCCCAGGCCGCGAGUGAGAAUAGGGCAGAUGCCCUGAGGAAGCACGAGGAUAGUAGUCCUACCGCGGCCACGGCGGCCAUCUCGACGUCCAGAUCGCCACAAAUCGGUGCGGACGCGUUUGCGAAUCCCGUGGGUUCGGGUUCGGGUCCGGGUCCAACUUCCUCAACAACACAAUCGCAAUCGCAUUCUCAAGGACAACAACCCUCCGCACAGAAUUUCGGCGACGAGAGUGAAGCACGAACUCGAGCAAGGAGAGCUUCGGCCUCCGCGUCAUUGUCGGCGUCGGCGUCAGUCUCCGGGUCGGGCAGGUCCAGUCCGAUUCAGCCUGCCUUCACAGCCAAGGGGAUCAGGCUCGGCAGUUCGAGGCCUAGUAUUGGGCAGACUAAGAAUCAAUAACCGCCGUACAGAGAAUGGGAGUGCAGCUGUGGACACAAAUACGGCUACGGUUACGGCUACGAAUACAAAUACAAAUACCAGGGGUUGGAGGAAGUAAGGGCUCUUUGAGUGUGGACAAGGUCGAUAUAUAAAGCCCACCGACUUCCGAAAGAGAUAGACAUGAUGAUAUUCGCACAAGUCGUGGCCACGUCCAUAUGGGAUGCAUGAAUGUCUAUUUCCAGGAGAAAGGAGAAUUAUCGCACAGACGUUGUCUGCAAGUUUUCUUAUUGCUGCCAACCUUUCCCCGAGAAACGGGAAGGGAGCUACUUGUGGUAAAAUCAUAGCGCAGACUCUUCGUUCGCGAGCCCGCGUGCGAAGUUCGCAUCAUAGCUCACACGCCAGAAAAUGCAUAACAAU